GGUAGUUUUUCUUUCCUCGACUGCUUGUGGCGGCGGGGUGAUACAGGGAUAGACGAACUAGUUCUCACUCUCUCUAGGGUUUCGCGGGCGAUCUGUCUAUCCAUCCGGAUAUGGCUUCCGUUGCUGCUCCUGCUGAGCAGACUGCAGGUUUGCUGCAGAAGCUGUCAUUGGAAUCAAAGCCAACUACUUUGGAAAUUGCUGAGCCAAUUAAGAAGGCUUCCCGUGACGUGGCGGGUAUGGCUAAUGGUCAGACUAACUCUCAUGAAAGGGCUUUGAGCCCUUUGUUACCAGAUUUAAUUGAUCCAUCGAUGUGCUAUCAUCCAAAUGGCUAUCCAUACACUGCAUACUAUGGAGCAUACAAUGGGGCAGGAAGUGAUUGGGAGAGCUAUGCAAGAUACCUUAAUCAAGAUGGAGUUGAGAUGCCUGCUGUGUAUAAGGACAAUGGGACACUUAUGUAUCACAAUGGGUAUGGUUACACUACUUACCCCCCUUAUUCACCUGCCACUUCACCUGUGCCAACAGCGGGGCAAGACAAUCAGCUAUAUGGAGCUCAACAGUACCAGUAUCCGACAACUUAUUUUCAGCCUUUGACUUCAACAAGUGGUCCUUACCCUACUCCAACUGCCCCAGUUAAAGGUGAUAUACCAACGUCUGCAGUGGUUGAUCAAGGAGCACCUUUGUCUGCAGCUUCUGCUAAAGGAAACCCUAAUGCAAAUGGCUAUGCCGUUAAGAGCUCAAAUGGUUCAUAUCUUGCGAGACCUUUAUACCAGACCUCGCCCUUCAAUGCAAGCAGUUCAUUUGGAAGAGGUGCUUUGCCUGGAGGUUAUUCUUCCGGAUAUCAUGACCCAAGGUUUGGCUAUGAAGGAUUACAAUCCCCUAUCCCAUGGUUUGAUAUGUCCUCAUUUUCUGACGGGCAGUGUGUUAUGCCAGUAUCUACCACUUCUGGCACCAGCACAGGUUUUCAUCGGUCAAGGAGCCCUGGCUUUCAGCCUCAUGUCAUGGGAUUGCACCAUUUAAGGUCCAUGUCUGGGAUGAAUGCAACAAAUGGAUAUAUCAACAGAGUGUAUCCAAACAAAUUGUAUGGUCAGUAUGGCAACACCUUUAGAUCUGGGGUGAGUUAUGGGUCUAAUAGUUAUGAUUCACGCACUACUGGCCGCAGUUGGUUGUCUUCCAAUUACAAGUUUAAGCCUAGGGAUAUUAGAGUAGUAGGAGGUUACAAUGGUUAUGCAAAUGAGAAUAUGGAUGGUCUGAAUGAGCUUAACAGGGGACCAAGGGGUAAAGGUUCCAAAACUCAGAAGGGGUUUACGCCAGUUUCUCUAGCAGUGAAGGGUCAGAACAUUCUGUUGACCCAAGAAAAUGAUGCUCUGAAAGAGAUGUCAUGUCCUGUUAUGGACAGGGAUCAAUACAAUUCUUCAGAUUUUUCCGUGACAUAUGAUGUUGCCAAGUUUUUCAUUAUAAAGUCUUACAGUGAGGAUGAUGUCCACAAGUCUGUCAAAUAUAGUGUCUGGGCAAGCACUCCCAAUGGAAACAAGAAGCUGAAUGAAGCAUAUCUGGAGGCUCAGCACAAGCCUGGUGGCUGCCCAGUGUUUCUCUUUUUCUCGGUUAAUACCAGCGGGCAAUUUGUUGGUGUUGCUGAGAUGGUUGGGCCAGUUGAUUUCAACAAAAGAGUUGAGUAUUGGCAACAAGACAAGUGGAUUGGCUGUUUCCCUGUAAAGUGGCACAUUGUCAAGGAUGUGCCCAACAGCUUGUUGAAGCACAUAACCUUGGAAUACAAUGAGAACAAACCUGUGACUAACAGCAGGGAUACACAGGAGGUUAAGUUGGAGCAAGGCCUUCAAGUACUAAAGAUAUUCAAGGAUCAUGCAAUUAAACAGUGUAUUCUUGAUGAUUUUGAGUUUUAUGAGGAUCGCCAAAAGAGAAUUCAAGAUAAGAGAGCUAAACUGUUCCAGAAACAGGCAUGGGAGAGUAAAGCUACAGAUGGAAAGAGCAAAGAAACUGCCAAUGGAGAACGCAAACUUCAAACACCAACUGAAGUAAUAGCUGAAGCACCCAAGGCAGUAAGUGCCCCAUUGGUGAAUGGGGACACCAAAGCUUCAGAAAGAGUGGCAAAAUCAGGAGCUAAUCAGGUUGUUACAUCAUCAGAAAGCAAGACUAUUGCAAAUUGUGUCUCAAAUGGCUCCUAGCUCCAGUUUUUGUGCUCAAGCUUUUGAUAUGCUUCUUUCUUUGCCUGAGCUUUUAUCUAGACGGAUUUCGUCAUAGCUCUCUGAGGAUCUAAAGGAGAUAUGAAGAAGGCUCAAUGAUUCUUCCUCCUGAUAGGUUCUUUCUCUAGCAGCCUAGCUUCGAAUGCAUUAUUUUCCAUCCAUCCAUAAGUUUUCCUUCU